GCUUUCUGUUUCUCGGAUUUUCAAAAAUCUACCUACCAUUCCCUAGGUGGUCCAGCGUUGUCAUGGUUACCUACUUCGUUCUUCCAAACCCUCCCCCCUCCCCUAUUUCCAGAAGUUCCCCUCUCCGAGAUGGAGCGCUUUUGUUUCCAGGGUAACCGACAGACCCUCCGAGGCCUGGAUCACAGAGAAAUUCUCCCAGCUCCCAACACCGGGAACCGAAGAAGAAAGCCGCGGCCUCCGGAGCGUCUAUAAUCGGAGAGGGGUCCCCAGCCAUGUCCCGUUCCUCCCUGCUCUACACUCCCUGCUGGCACCCGUGGGAGGUGGGCUCACGGAAGCUCCUUAAGACCACUCAAGCUCUGCGCAAGACCCCCAGCCAGAAGCCCAGACUAUUUCCGAUUACAGCGGCUCUGCGAGAACAAAAACAAUUCCUGCCAAAGAGCAAACCCUGCUCCAAAAAGAAAGACCCCCCCAAAACACAUGGCUCCAAACCACGGAGCAAGGAGCCCACCCGCGAGCAGAGAGAAAUCUCCCCCGGGUACACCUUCCGUCAGAGCGCGGAGCGGAUCUCCGUCACCCUGGGCGAGGAGAUGUUCCUGGGGACCAAGAAGCGGGAAGAAGCCGAGGCCACUGUGACUCCAACCCACGGCCCCAACCCCGCUCUCUCCGCCUGGAUUCCCAGGGCCGAUCUAGUCCCAGACCUGCAGCAGCAGAUCUCUGAGCUGACCGUGAUGAUCGAGCAAAUAAACAGAGAUCACCAGGAUGCUCAGAAGCAGAUCCGGGAUGAAAUGGAACUGAGGUGCAAGGACAUGGAGAGGGAAUAUGAAGAGAACCUCAGGGAUCUCAGCGAGGUGCACAGCACAGAACUCCGCUUCUUGGAGGAGAAACACCAAACCAUGCUGAGGGACGAGAAAAUAUCUGCCCAGGAGAAGCUGGAGAAGAUGAUGAAGGAGUACAAGUACCUGAAGAACAUGUUCCGAAUGUAUCAGGACAGCAUUGCCGAGGAGAUGGAGGAGAAGUGGAUGAGGCGGAAGGCGGAGUGGGAGAGGAGUGAGAAGAUGGAGCGAGAACAGGCGCUGUUGCAGCAGAAACUCAAACUGAUGAAGAAAUUUGAGAUGGAUGUAGAAGAGGAGAAGAAAAAGAUCCAGGUUGCCAGCAAGCUGACCUGUGAUGCCUACCUCCAAGAGAAAGAGGAUCUCAAACAUCAGCUUGAAGAGGAACGCGUCAAGCUAGAGGAGAUGCAGAGAGCCAAGGAGGCGGCCGAGGAAGAAGUCCUGGAGCAAGCGUCUGCACUGGAGUCGCUGAAUGCCACCCUGUACCAGAUGCAGCUGGAGCUCCAGAAAGAGAGAAACACCUUGGUCAACGUGGAGAAAACCCUCAGCCGUGCCCUGAUAGAGAUGGAAGAGAAAUACAGAGUCCAGCUCAAGUACCUGAUGGAGGAGAACACAGUCCUCAAGCGGAAGAUUUUGUCCAGGAGCGAAGACCAGCUGCGGGUCCAGCGGCGGACGUCCACGAUGCCUUCGGGCAUGCUGGCCAGCAGGUCCGAGUUCCGAAGGUCCACCUGAACACCUUGGGGCAGGGCGCAAGGAGAGACGGGGCGGAUGGCACACAGUCCCCAUGCCCGCCACGGACACCUGGCUGCCGGACUCCCUUAGAGGGCAAGCACGCCCAAACAUGCUUGGCCCCUUAUGCCCUGCUCUGCAAGGGUCGCCGCCUGCGCAUGCGUGGCUCGUGGUCCAGUCACGCUGUCGGCUUCGUUCUGCCUUCGUGUCCUGCACGUGUUCUCGCCUCCUCCCUUCUUUCCCAUCUCUCCCUUCUCUCCCUUUCUCCCU